GCCAAACCGGACUGGGCCGCGAGCAGCCGAAAGCGCUCGGGCCGAACCGAGCGGAACCGGGAGUACCGAACCCGCUGGGACCGAGCCGAGUGGAACCGGGAGUACCGAACCCGUUGGGACCGAGCCGAGUGGAACCGGGAGUACCGAACCCGCUGGGACCGAGCCGAGCGGAACCGGGAUUACCGAACCUGCUCGGGCCGAGCGGAGCGGAACCGGGAGUACCGAGCCGAGCGGAACCGGGAGUACCGAACCCGCUGGUUCCGAACCGAGCGGAACCGAGCCGAGCGGAACCGGGAGUACCGAACCUGCUCGGGCCGAGCGGAGCAGAACCGGGAGUACCGAACCCGCUGGGACCGAGCCGAGCGAAACCGGGAGUACCGAACCGAGCGGAACCGGGAGUACCGAACCCGCUCGGGCCGAACCGAGCGGAACCGGGAGUACCGAGCCGAGCGGAACCGGGAGUACCGAACCCGUUCGGACCGAGCCGAGCGGAACCGGGAGUACCGAGCCGAGGGGAACCGGGAGUACCGAACCGAGCGGAACCGGGAGUACCGAACCCGUUCGGACCGAGCCGAGCAGAACCGGGAGUACCGAACCGAGCGGAACCGGGAUUACCGACCCGCUAGUACCGAACCCGAGCGGAACCGGGAGUACCGAACCGAGCGGGACCGGGAGUACCGAACCCGAGCGGAACCGGGAGUACCGAGCCCGUUCGGACCGGCCAUGGGGCAGAUCGAGUGGGCCAUGUGGGCGAACGAGCAGGCGCUCGCCGCCGGGCUCAUCCUGCUGACCGGCGGGAUCGUGGCGGUGGCGGGGCAGUUCCAGGGCUGGUACUUCGCGGCCUAUUCCAUCGCGGCGGGGGUUCUGGUCUGCCUGCUCGAGUACCCCAGGAGCAAACGGAAAAAGGGCUCCACCAUGGAGAGGUGUGGUCAGAAGUACCUGACAGCCGUGGUGAAGCUGCUGGGGCCCCUCACCAGGAAUUAUUACAUCCGAGCCGUCCUUCACGCCGUCCUGGCUGUGCCUGCCGGAUUCCUCCUCUCCACCAUCCUGGGCACCGUCUGCCUGGGCAUCGCCAGCGGCAUCUACCUGCUGGCUGCAGUCCGAGGGGAGGAGUGGAGACCCAUCGAGCAGAAGCCCCGGGAGCGGCCACAAGUGGGGGGCACCAUCAAGCAGCCCCCCAGCAACCCCCCGCCCCGACCACCCCCCGACGCCCGCAGGAAGCAGCCGGAGGUGGGGGGGCAGGUGAACCCCAUCCCUGUGGAGGUGGAAUAAUGGGGGGUCCUCCUGCCCCGCUGCUCCUGCUCCUGCUUCCCAGCUGCUCCUGGGGAUCCCCAAAUCCCUGGGGGUGCUGAGCUCCUGCUGGGGGUCCCCCACUCCUGGUGAUGCUCAGAUCUGUGGGAUCAUCAGUUCCCCCUGGGCUCCCCCAAAUUCCCAAAUCUGGGGUCCCCAGCUCCUGGGCAUCUCCAGAUCCCCAGCAAUGCUCAGCUCCCUGUAGGAUCUCCGUCUCCCACAGAUCCCCAGAUCCCUUAAGAAGCUCAGCUCCCAAAUUCCCAGUGAUGGGAUGCUCCUUGUGGGGUUUCCAGCCCUCGGGGGCUUCCCAGUUUCAGGAGAUUCCCAAAUCCCUGGGCCUGCUCAACUCCCAGUGGGGUCUCCAGCUCCCAGGAACUCCCCAGCUCCUGGACCUCCCCAAAUCCCUAAGAAUCUUCAGCUUCCUGUGGGAUCUGCAGCCCCCAAGGCCUUCCCUAAGGAUCCCCCAAAUCCUUGGGGAGUCUCAGCUCCCUGUGAGUCUCCAGUUCCUGGGAAACUCUGGAUCCCUGGGCAUGCUCAGCUCCCUGAGGGUCCCAACUCCCCGGGCACCCCCAGUUCCCUGGGGGAUCCCCAAAUCCCUGUGGAACUCCAGCUUUCAGGGAAUCCCCAGCUCCCGGGGGGAUCAGGCAGCUCUGCUCCCGCUCUCCUUGGUUUUUGUCCUUUCUGCAGUUGCUGUUGCAAUAAAAAGUGGGAAAGGCA